CAGCAAAAAGAGUACCAUGAAAGUUCCUGUCACACUCAAAAAAUGUCUUCUCUGUGUCCUCUGCUUGAGCUUACAGACAUAAUUCUCCCAAGAUUGUGGGGAAUUGCUAGCUACAGCUUCAAGUACAGAGCAGUCUUGGUUCCAAGCAAUGAAGCCUUGACACAAGAAGAUGGAGUUGGAGGACACAAAGUCUUCAUCGCACAGUGAGGGAUAUCCAAGAACUCCAACAUGAGUAUCCCCGUCGUACUACCUAACUUUGACUCGAAAGACGUUUGUCUCCCAACGUCCACUAUUUCUUAGUGGUAGGAAGACCUAGCAACUGUCCAUGGGACUUCCAGUUAACGAAGCUGCAGAGAAGGGUCUUCUUGUGCAUAUAUAGUUAAUAGCUUUAUACAUAUAUAUAUAUAUAUGGUCAUGGCGAUCUCUAUAUACUUGUCAUUUUAUCUAGAUUAUGAAGUAGUCGAAGCAUAUCACAGAUGCAAGAAACUGCCAUCACACUCACCUGUAAAAGACGUCUAAUCCUUGCCUCGAAGAAACUGGCAUCAGGUCCGAACUCGAAGGAUGAGCCAAUGCAAUGUACGUCGCCACCUUUAAUUGCUGGCUUGACAAAUGGUGGUCACUCACUGCGUCAAAAAGGUCAUGGGGGGAGUGGAGUCAUCACUGCUACUUUGUGCGCCAGAGAAGACGGCGUCUUGUUUCAUCCCAUUGGAUUUCGCAUACGACGGACACAGCAGUAAUCCUGUCGAUCACCAAUCACUCGAUAAAAAUCUACAGUAGCCAGAGACGACAUCUUGAUGACAAGUACCGAUCCUCACAGGCACGAUGGGGUGAGCUAUCACUGAACUGCUUAAGACCAGAAGUGAGAACUAAUCAAGCAACAUUGAAGUGUGAAGAUCACAUCCUAAAGUCCUUUUUCUUCUUGAGGAAGAAGGCGUUUCUUUGACGGCUUGUAGUGUGCCAUCACACUGUCCUCUUCCCUUGUAUGCCAAGAAUAGAUGUGAUCGUGUAGGGAGUAGAGAAAACUUUCGAUCUGCUCUUACUUGCUCGAGGCUUCUAUAAAUCUGAAAAAUGUCAUUCGAUGAUUCGGCUUGAUGGAACAGAAGGAGAGGGAUUUUAUCUGAUGGAAUGCCACAUACAAGCACAGUAGCCACCAACCCCUCGACGGCAAGUGUUCUUACCGUCCACAUCUCCUCCAUCGUCAGCCAACCAUUGGAAUUGGGUGAUAAAGAGUGAAGAAGUCCAAAAGGAGCCUACAACAGUCCCCCACCUUGCUUUCCGAUCCAUCGAAUUUGAUUCCUUCACCAUUCCUCCAACCAAAGGAGAGUUCUUCUCUCUCUCUCUCUCUCUCUCUCUCUCUCUCUCUCUUCGCCCAGAUACUCUCUGCUCUGUGAGUUGUUCAUGGCCGCCACUGAUAACCAACCGACUUGGGUUCCGUAUGUGCCAACGAGAGAUUGCUCUAUGGGCUUCUGUAGCGUCUACUGCCCUCAGUGGUGCUACACCAUCUUCCCUCCCCCUCCCACGUUAGAGUUCUCCGAUGGUAGCUCCGGCGUGACCUUCUCCCCUUUCGUGAUCGCCAUCAUCACCGUUCUCGCUACCGCCUUGCUUCUUAUCUGCUACUACACCAUCGUCUCUAAGCACUGCGGCGCCUUCAACUCGCUGCAAAGGCGAUUCCAACCCAGGGGCAACGACAACGUUGAGCUCGACGAUGAUGCUGCCGGCCUAUCUCAGGCCCAGGAAGCUUCGAAUGCUUCCCAGUCGAACGGGCUUGAUGAGGCAUUGAUCAGCAAGAUCGCAGUCCACAAGUACCGGAAAGGCGAGGUAUCGGUGCAGGGCACCGAUUGCUCCGUUUGCCUCAGCGAAUUCCGGGAGGAUGACAGCCUGCGGUUGCUCCCCAAGUGCAGCCACGCGUUUCAUGUGCAGUGCAUCGAUACAUGGUUGAGAUCACACUCCAAUUGCCCUCUCUGCCGAACCAGUAUCGUCUCUAUGAAUCCAACGAUGCCAGCCACUCGGGAACCAGUGAACGAUCAUCAUCAGGUGGAAGAAAUGGUCAUGGUUGUAGCAGAGACAGUCGCCGGCGCGGAAGAGGAGAUGGAGCGCGGAAGUAGUGGUGAUGCAGCGAAGCAUCCUUCCCGAAUUUACUGUGAUUCGGGAGGGAUGGAGGAGAGACACACUGUGGUUGAGAUCAGAGAUGAUGAUGAUGAUGAUAUCCAAUCAAUUAGGCGAUCAUUCUCGAUUGAUGCUUCGCAUCAUGGACGGCUUUCGAUCGCGGGCGUCCAGAGGAUGAGCACGGGGGACGAACAGUUAGCUGCAACCGGUGCCAGUUCGUCGAGUCCAGCUGCAGGGAAUCACAGCAAGGGCAUCAGUGGCAGAUGGAAAGGAAGGCAAUGAGCUCCCAACGUAAGAUUCUGCUUCCGAGUAGGACACCUGGAAUCGUCGAAGCAGAAGAAGCGGAACAUCCAGCAUCCUAAACCAUGUCCAAUUGAGAAUACAAAGAAAGAAAGAUCGAGGCUUUUUGGAGCAGCAGCUCUUAUUGCAUUGUAAACAUGUAUAUGGCUUGAAUGGCCUCUCUUGUUCCGCAACAUCAACAGAGUCCACGCCUGUUCCUCUGUUUU